UCCCCAUUGUCCCUCGUAGUGAGAAGGGGGGAUACAGAACGUGUGAAGCUGUUGCUUCAAGAAUCUGAUGCCGACCUCAAUGCAGUCGACACUUGCGGGAACACUCCGCUUACUUACGCUGUGCAGCAUGACUGUCUUGACAUAGUGUUGCAGCUCCUGUUAUUGAGGGGUGGCGUCAAUGUAAAUGCAAAAGAUGACUGUGGUCGAACGCCGCUCAUAUGGGCUGCUCAAUGUGGACGGGUUGAUGCAGUGGAAAUGUUACUGAACCACGGUGCCGAUGCAAACAUGGGGGAUCGAUACUCUCAGACGCCGCUUUGGUGGGCGACAAUGGCCAACGAGGAGGAAGUUGUGAAGAGGUUGAUA